AUGAAGAAUGAGGAAAUUUAUGACCAUUCACGAAAUGCCCCCAAUGGAGAUCCAUGCAUUAAAACGGAGGUGAAAGACGAUAAGGAUGAUUCAAACAUGAUCGGAGUUCGAUACGAUUACAUAGGUAAGGAAAACAGGAGUAGGGGCUACGAUUCGGAUGAUGUGAAGAGCCGAAGCUUUGAUGUAGACAGCAGUUUUAACAAGCUAGCAUCCACAAUAGAAAGUGAAAUUAACCUGAACGAGGAAUACGAAUAUGGAUACGAUAAUGAAGUUUUGGUUAACCCGGAAAUACAAAUCAUUUCGAAAAUCCUGAAAAGUAAAAAUAUGAGUUGUUUGGAAAAUGGUUCUCCUGAGAAUGAUUUGGUGGAUACGAAUCUGCUGAUAAUAGAGGGACACGAACGGGUAGACAGUAAUCACAGUGGAAGUUUUAAAAGUGCCGACAAUUUAAACACAGAAAAUAAGCUAAACAGUGACGACACCGAGAAGGUGGGUGAUAUCAGAAGCGGCAGCAGAAGUUUCGAAGCUAAUGAAGUCCAUAGAGAGAACAUUAAAGCGGGUUCUUCCCACACAUUGAAGGAGUCCAAUAUGGAUGGGGAGGGAAGACAUACCUACCUCAGUGCCCAACUUGGUUACGUUUAUGAUGAAUCAGUUUCAAAUCAGGAUUAUGGAAAAAUGCAGUAUAAAGAGAUGAGGGAAGGUGGGAAGGAGUACCUCCAUUUUGAUAAAAGAGAGAAAGAUGAUGAGCAGGACCUGAGUGGAUGUAGAGGGGUCGACUCCCCUUUUGAUGCAGUAGAAUCGGAUAUAAAUUUUUACGAUCAACAGGGCUUACCGUUGGGAAUGCGGGACGGGAAUCGCCUCGACCGGGGGGGGGCCAGAAAUGAGGGCGAAAGUGAGAGCAGAAGUGAGACCCAGAAGGACUAUCACGACGCAUCGUGCGCAGCCAUCCCCCCCGUUACUCCUCAAAACACCCUGGAUUACGAAGACGACCAAAGUCACUACAAAAAUUCUGAAACACAGAAAAGUGUAGACAAGUCUGAGCAGCCAAUUUCAGACACACUCUUCUCCCACAGAAAUGAAAAAGGUGAAAAAAAAAGUCUCCAAAAUUUCGAAUCGAAUGUGGUUAACACAAAUGGUCCAACAGGAAUCAUUGCCAAAGAGAAUCCAACAGAGACACAAGUGCCCCAUGAUCGCAGUAACAAUAGUGGGUUAUACGGAGACGGCAAUAACGCAAGUCUCAGUGGCACCCCCUGUGCAAACGAUCCACGAGGUGCAGAUAAAGAUGGCAAUGAAAAAGAAGCUCUAGAUGAUGUUACGUGGUACGGUCACAAAAACGACAAGGAGGGCUCCAGCGCGGGGGGCCAACAAGGCAAAGCAAACAUAGACAUAGCUGCUGUGGAUAAAGAAAGUGAACGCAUAAAGGGGAAGCGGUCGAAUGAGGGAAGUCCUCCUCCUACUGGUGCCGAAAAUGACGACAGGGGAGGCACAACUGGAAAGGAGGGCACUGUGGAAAGUGAUAGUGGUGACCAGAACGAAGGUCCAAAUAAGGCAACCAUCUCCCUUGUGGAGAUAGAUAAAUCAAAUGAGGGCGUCGGAAAUGGCCAUCUCGAAUAUGUCGGAGUGGAAACGGGAAAAGAGCUCCGAACCAGUGAAGAAAAAGUAGUUCAUGAGAAGAGCUUGAAAAAUUUCGCAGAUGAAAAGGGAACAGAGAAUGGAGAAAAUUAUGGGGAGAAGACUGGCGAAGAUGUGCUGGUGAAGGAAACUAUGCGUAGUGCCAUUCCGAGCGAAAGAAGUAAUGAAAAAGAGUUUUACAAUGGCAUCAGUGUUGCUGCUCCGGUGAAGGUGGAAAACGAUUUGAGCGUGACGCGGAUGAAAUCCUCCAGCGAUGAUGCAGGGAACGUGAGAGUGUACGAUUCGAACGUGACUAGUGUGAAUAUCCCCCCGAAGAAGGGCAGCAGGGGGGGGAGCGUCAAUGGCAGCGGUCAUGACGACGGUGAGGAUGGUACCACCAAGCAGGAGCAGAAAGGAAUGGAAGGCCCAAGUGCCGAACUCGUGAGGAGUAAGGACAACCUAAACGAAUUCGAAGUGACAAAGUUGAACAACACAGACGAGAAGGAUAACAGGGACAGUCAGUACGCCUACAUCAAGGCAAGCAACACCAUGGAUGACACAAUGAAUAGCACGGUAAAUGAAAACGCAAAUGAAUACGAAUUGGUGGAGGCUGACAGUGAAGUGAAAAACGAAAAGGAACACCCCCAAAUUGAAUCGGACAAUGUCCAAAUGGAAAGUGCCUACCACACAGUGGCCAAUAAUAAUAAAAGACGAAGAGAUAGUUUCACCAACGAGGAAAUGAACAAGGAAAGAAAAUUAAACAGUCUGAAUGUAUCGCUCUAUGGACCUUCCUAUGGACCUCCCUAUGCAUCCUCUUAUGCAUCCCCUAGGGAGAAUCCAAAUAAAACUUUCAUCGAACAUGCACCUGAAGAAUCAUAUGAGGAACAGAAGGAAGAAAAGACAAGCUACGAAAGUUGUGACAAAGGUCAACAAUAUGUUAACCCCCAACAAGAGAAUCAAAACAACCCGGGGGGAAAUUUUGUAAGUUAUUCGAAGGAGAACCUUGGGGGGGUUAUUUUCGUGAACAGAGAUAACAUGAAUAAUGAUUCCUCAUAUGACAAUGGAAAGUCCUUUACCAAUCAUAGAACAUUUGAGAUAUCAAAUGUAGUGGAAAAAGUUGUCCAGGAGAAUGUGGACACUAACGGUGCAUAUGUACCAACUCAGCCACAACCCAAUGUUGAUGAUUCAGAUCCGAAUUGUAAAGCAAAUAGAAUCCAUAAUGUUAAUGACGUCGAAACUGAGAAUAACGCAAAUGGUUAUUCGCAGCACAUUCAAGUGUCAGCCAAGAGUGUGAAGGAUAACUGUGAUGAAGAUGCAGAUAUGGAAAAUGAAAAUAAUAACCUGUCCGAUGAUUGCAAGAAUUCUAGUGAUGAUAACACGGAGAAAAAAGACUCCACUCAAUUUGAUGUAAAUGACAAGAAGAAGAUUAAACCGGACAGUGAGACAUUAUUGCCAAUAGCGAAUAUAAGCAGAAUUAUGAAAAGAAUUUUGCCAGCAUCUGCUAAGGUGGCCAAGGAAAGUAAAGACAUAAUACGAGAAUGCGUCACGGAGUUUAUACAGUUCCUGACCAGCGAGGCCAGCGACAGGUGCCUGAGGGAGAGGAGAAAGACCAUCAGCGAUGAGGACAUCUUGUUUUCCAUGGAGAAGUUGGGAUUUAACGACUACGUUGAACCUCUUUAUGAGUACCUCACCAAGUGGAAGCAACUCAAAGGAAUGAACAACUCCAACAACUGCCAAGAGAAGAAAUGUGAAGAUCCGAAGCCCUCGCUUGAGGAAAACACCACAAUGAAGAAGAGCCUAAGCGACGUUAACAUGAACAACAAUGCAAUUAUGGGAAAAGGGGCAGACAAUGUCAUCCUCACGAGGGACACCGACCAUUUGAUGAACACUAUGUAUAGAAACCCGAACGAAAUGUUUGAAAACAAUAUAAAUCACAUGUAUUAA